AUGAUUAUCUACCCUUCGGUCAAACCACGCCCAAUCGCCAAGGCAUCCAAAGGCAAAAUGAAGCGUGUUCUUCGCAUGGCCUACAGCCGGUCGGAUGAAUCUGAAGUUGUGGUUACCGAGAGUGCCAUCUCCCCUGGUUUAGUCAACGUCCCCGCAGAAUCUUUACAGGAAGGCUUGACUGAGGUAAUGCAUGACGACAGGCCAGCAGGAACCAAGCAGGAACCGCCUCAGAUCACCAAACCCAUCGAGGAUCUUCACGAUGCUGCUCGCGACUCUCGUGACCCCCACGACCCUCCACACGACCUACACCAAGUUCAUCACAAGCUCCCCGUACGUCAUGAUCCUCGUGAGGGUGUCCAGCAAGACCUUCACAGGGGUAACCCUCCACGCCACCCACAGGAACCUCAUCGGGAGGUCACUCCUGACCCUCGCAACGACCCUCGCGAGGGUGGCCCUCUUCGCAACUCUCACGAGCCUCGUCGUGACCCUCGCAAUGCCUUAUAUGACACUCAUCGACCUCUUCAUAGUCAUUCUCGUGAGCCAUGGUACAUGCAUGACGCCAUGCACCGUCGUGAAGUUUAUCUGCGUGAUGAAACUCCUAUGAUUGAGCAUGAUGCUCUCCACUCCCAUGAUGUCUUCUACCACCGUGACUCUCACAAUCACCGCUAUGCCAGUCUGCAACCUCGCAACUAUUAUGAACCCAAUGAGCCUCGCAUUGACAGCGAGUUCACCACGCGGGAUACUUCCCCGGCCUUAGAGUCCCAUUAUACUCACGGUGAGCGUGAACGUGCAUACCCAAGCCGAUACAGCCCAGUGCUCAGUCCCGACUAUGCUCAUGAAAGUCGAUAUGCUCGACGCAAUGGCCUUGACGAGCGCUGGGCAUUUGGUGGAGGAGCAUACCGUGACAGUGGGUACCCUCAAGGUAGAGCUCAUAACCAGGAUUCUAGAUGGACGGACAAUGUCCGUAAUGUUGCAUCUUCAUCUUUGGACAUUCGUCACGACGCUGUCCCGCGAGCAUUUACUCGAGAUCCCACUAACCCUCCGCAUCCUCCUUCAUCAUAA